CCAGGGCAAAUGUGAUAGUGUAGGGAUUUUUGUGGAUUGCUUCUCAUAUCCUUGUCAUUGCAAUUGGUGUUUGUGGCGAGUUGUGCUUUGCUCUCCUUUUAGGUAUAACCUGCAACAAUUGUGACAUAUCCUGUGCAAUUUUGGGGGCACAGCAUCGUUAUAUACCAGCGCGUGGGCUCAAGGUAGCUUAGCACCAGGAAAUUGCCAACAAUGCCUAAGCAGACAGUGAAGCUCGUGUCGGCCGAGGGCUACGAAUUCAUCGUAGACUACAAGGCCGCGUGUGUCUCUAACACCAUCCGGAACAUGCUCAGCUCGCAAGGUAGCUUCACUGAGACGGAGUUGGGUGAGGUCAAGUUUCCCGAAAUCUCAACGCCCAUUCUGGAGAAAGUUUGCCAGUAUUUUUACUAUAAGCUACGCUAUCAGAACUCGACCACGAAGAACAUCCCGGACUUCAAGGUCGCGCCUGAGAUAGCCCUGGAGCUGCUCAUGGCAGCCAACUUCCUAGACACAUAAGUAGCCGAGAACCCUUUGACCUGGAAACUUGGUUUCUGUCCGAGCGUGCUGCGGUCGCAAGGUUUUGGAGCGUGCGUGUCGGUGCUUGGCGCUUGUGCCGCAGGUCUUCCAUAUGUUUGGUUAGCUCCCUGUUCCCUUAGGGGCUUACGGGGUGGGCAUGGGUUCAUGUUCAGCAUAUCUUUCGUUGGGUUUGUUCUCUGGCUUGCACAUGAAUACGGUACAGUUUCAAUGGCUAUUGUUGAGUCUGCAUUUACAGCAGGGAGUACAUGCAUCCAUCUGGACGAGCCCGAGCGCAUAACCUGAUAGCAGCCCGUGACGCACGUUAUGUUGACGGUUGCCGUCUGGGAUCAGGCCACGGUCGCGACAACGAAUCACGUCUUUUCCCAUCGUGAAUAAUCGUCGCAACGGUUUCCGCUUGGCGACUUGGAAUACCCUCGGGGCCGCAGUGGUAAGAUGACUACACAGUGGUUAGGGUUGUUAAGUGGGGUCGUCGUCACACAUGCUACGAGCACACUGGAUCAGGGAUGUGGGUCAUGUGCAAACAGGCAGGAUAAGAGGUUUCUCCCCGCUCCCACCAGACUAAUGUCAUGAGAAUGACUAACGUGGUGGGUACCUGACCUUAUGGGUUAUCAAGUUGAAUAUUGUACUGCAGCCGACUGUGAAGGGCUAAUGUUUGCUGUGAAAGCACGUCUGAUCGCGGAUAUGGCUCUGCCACCACCUAUUAGACGGCUAUUAGAAACAUUGGAGGAGAUAGGUAUGGCGACGUUCCCCGUUACUAUGCAGUUUCACCCUUUUGCUUACGAUGUAACCGCCCUCACUUGUG